GUUGACAUCUAGGAAGUUUAUCGUAAGAUGUCGGGGGAUGUUUUGUGUGACGAGCCGCUGGUAUGCUCGCGGACGACGAAAUGACUUGCUUGUCGUGGCGCACGUCUGCUAAAUUCCGGCCUAAAUUAAAUCCCAAAGUGUUGUAAGCAUCACGGCCGCCGGUAGCAUCGAGCCACGUCCUCCAGUCGUCUGUCGCCGUCGACGCCGAAACGGAAAGAACAGUGGAGACGGGAGCCAAACACGAAGGCGCGAGGACUGUGCCAGUGUAUGUGUGUGCGCGCGUACCACUGCCAGGACCUGAGAUAGGUAGAUAGAUAUAGAUAGAGAAACAGACAGAGAGGGACAAAGAAAAAAAAAAAAAAAGACAGGGAGAAGAAUUGCGUGGGGACACGUGGUGACAGUUUGAAAUCUCAGCUGGAAUGGGAGCCAAGGCAAGCACCGUGGCACAAUCCGCUGGUGGCAACGGUCAGUCCUCCACUGGGACCAAUGAGACCACAAUGCAGGGUUUCUCCAUGCUCCGUUCCCUGCCUGGCGGUGUGGGCAUGCUGCAGCAUCAGCAUCAGCAGGCUAAUCAGUCGCAGAACACACGUGUGUCCGGGGACAGUAGACAGCGUGCACGCUCUUUGAGCUCCGUUCCCGAUCUCUCCUCCACCGAGCAGGCCGGUCUCUCUACCUCGGUCGGGGUUGGAGUCGCAGGGGUUGGAGUUGGACCCCUUGGCCUGCCGCAAUUGAUCCCGGAUUCCGACGACACGGAUGAGGAGAGUGGUCGCGUUUACGCCGCUCAUAGCUUGCCUUCGCACAUUUGGUCCCUUAACGGUCUAAAGUGUCCUGUAUGCUCCAAGUUUAUCCUACCGGAUGAUAUAGAAUGUCACCUGGUCAUGUGCCUGACCAAGCCAAGGCUCAGUUACAAUGAGGAUGUGCUAACAGAUGGUAAGGGUGAAUGUGUCAUUUGCCUUGAGGAGUUACAAUCUGGUGAUCUUAUAGCUCGCUUGCCCUGUCUCUGUAUAUAUCACAAAAAUUGCAUUGAUAAGUGGUUUCAAGUAAAUCGUAGCUGCCCCGAACAUCCUGGAGAUUGAUUCGUACCUGUUGAACUUAGCGGAGCACAGUGGAACAAGAUGCUGGCCCAGAGGACAUUUACCUCAAUGGGAUUGAAAUGGCAAGAAAUGGCAGAAAUUUAAAAAAAAAGAAGCUAGUCAAGGUGGCUGCUAGUCCGCAAUGGUGAUUGAUGCGUGCGGUGAAUUGUUCGACUGAACGAGACUCGCUCAUCAAAUCGAACACAUAAAAAACACAAAUGUUUAAUUCAAUCCUCAACUUUACUAUUAAGCGGGGAACUUAAAUAACAAAAAAAUCGCCAUAGGAUUCAACGAUACACACACAAUGCUAUUACCUAUACGUAUCUAUAAUUAAUCUAUUAUUGCUCUAUCGCUUACUAUCAAUUGUACCAUAUUUAUAAAUUUUACUUAGUUUUACAUCUUGAACUCGAUUUAGCGCUUAAGCAGGACGAUCUUUGUUAUUAUUGAUCAUGAUUUUUUCUUUUCUUAAUCUUUUUACGUUUUUUUUCUUUUUUUUUGGAAAAAGGGGACAGAACGAAUCUUAGUCAAGGAGACCUGCAUAGGAGCAGGUAAGCUCUACCUUAGAUAAGUUAGUUAUACUUUUAUUGAUUUUAGUAUCGAGACGAUGUAUCGUAAUUUUCGUUGUCUGUUGGGGGGGAUGAGUGUUAGAAAGGAUAUUUUUGAUACUUUCAUAAAAGGGAGAGCCAGAAUGUAUAAGAGUUUCGAGCGCCGGAGAUGACGUUAAUGCUGUUGAUGCUGUAGUAACAAUAAAGGUUCUGAUUUAACCUUCCUUACUGAGAUUCAUACUAAUGUGAUAAUCUCUUUUGUUGUUAUUAGAGAGAAUUGACAAGCUCCGUGUGUUAUUGAGAUGUACAGUCUAUUGUCGAUUACACUGAGGAUUACCUACUAUAUAAUUAAUCUCUUUUGUAUAUGAAUAAGGAUUGACAUAACCCAGCAGGAGUAGUUUUUGUAAUACGAACAAUCAAAGUUUAUCAUUGUUCCGGUAAUAUACAAACCGUAUAUGUGGUUCGGCUCGGACUUGUAUUACGUGAGGUUAAAAUGAAAAUUAAUAAAGCAAUGUGUGAAAAGACAUAAGAAAAAAAUGGGAACAGUGCAGUGAACAAAAAGAGCUAAACAUAAAUUACGUUAAUAAAAUUGAAUGCAUAUAAAAGUAUGAGUGCGAGUGUGCAUGUAUGUAUGUAUCUGUAUAUGUACAUACAAACAUGUAUACAUAUAUAUAUAUAUACUUUCGUGUCUUUUCUCUCGAUUGCAAUUAUUUAAACAUGUUAGAAAUUUUUUAACCGUUUUUAACAAGAUUAAAAAUGGAUAUGUUUUGAAAUCAAGGAAGUUGAACUGCAAAUGACGUUUAAAAAGAAUAUUUAUUUAUAUACAUAUAUCGGCUCUUAAGAUAUAUUAAUAUUGAAAAAUGUUGUAUUUAUAUUCAAGAGAAAGACGAGAGAUGCCUAAAAUCUUUUGUAUAUAUAUGUAUGCAUGUAUAUAUAUAUGUAUAUGAACAUACAUAUUUAUGUACCUUUUUUAAACUACGAGAGGUAAGUGAUUGUAGAAACGAUAGGUCCGAUAAAGAAAUAAAGAAAGAGGAAGAAAAAAAACAUGUAAAGAACUCGGAAUAAAAUUAUGAGAACAUCAAUAAAAUAGCGAUAACAUGUUGCAAGGAAAUUUUCUUUGCAUUUCGUUAUACUGAUCGAGGCGUGGAUUGUCAUUUAUCGAUUUUACGAUAUGUAAGGUUUGUUAUAUAUGCCGAUUAUAUACAAAGACAGAAUGCGAGAAAGAAAAUCGAGGGUAACGCGCAGUGAGACGAGAAGAAACGCAAAUAGAUCGCGUAUCUUAUAGCACGCACGACAGGUUCACAGGAAAAGGAUGGAACCAUGCAUUGUAUGUAUGUACAUGUAGUUUUACACGUGUUCGCCUCUCUCUCGUUCCUGUGGUGAUAUUCCGUAUUGUGUUGAAAUGAGUCUGUUCGUCUUAUAAUUAUUAUUGUACCUUGUACUUUUUUUCUGUAUUAAAAAAUAAAAAAGGUAUAUAUUUUGAGGUUUGAAAGAAUAAGGUAAGCGGGAACAAACCAAAUGCAAGAAGUGCAGCUGAAACGAAGAAAGUCAAAAUAAUAACUCAUCUGUCGGUCUUUAAAAAAAAAAAGAAAAAAAAACUGACAAAAUAAUAACAAA